AACAAAUAUAACACAACGAUAUUUCGCGUAGUGUUGUUACUUUUGGCCAACAAAAAUCCCUAUAACAAUAUUUAAAAAUAAAAUACAAAAUAACAAACCAAAAACAAACCAUGGAGUUUCUAAAGUGAUUUUGUGAUUACUUACCAUUUUAAAUUUUUAAAAAAUAAAUACACGAAUAAUAAAAAUGAUAAUACAUGUGGAAUUAAGCAACAAAAAUUCAUAAAUAUUUUGUGCAGAUUUUUGAUCCAUUCAGUUAGUCCUUUUUUUUAUGUUUUUGUUUUGUUUUGCCGGCACAACAAAACAUCCAAGUGCGUACAAAAAUAAUAAUGAUACGACAACGACGGUGUCUCUGAUGAUGAUGUGACGGAUGUGAUUCGAGUAAAAAUUGAAUAACAAGUGAAUGCAACAAAUGUGCAUCAAAUGAAAAAUUGAUUCACACAAGUGUGAAAAGAAACCCCAAGCUAACAAAACUGAGAUAAUCAGCAGCCAAGCUAAAUAGAAAAAAAAACCCAAUCAACCAAAUAAGCUUGAAGGCUCCAAGAAAGGGCUCCAAAGAACGAUACUUUCCAAAACAAAGAUUUUCAACAAGUUUAAUGAAGAUUAAACCUCUCAAUUGAUUGAUUGACUGCUUGAUAGAUUGAUUGACUCACUGAUUGAUUGACUGAUUGAUUGAAGCAAAAACAAAAAUAACAAAAACAGCGACCAAAUGCAAGAUGAAUCCGGAUCAAUCGAUGUCAAUGCAAACUGGCGCCCAACCGCCCCCGCCGCCACCCUCGCACGCCAUUGCCACCGUCUCGGCCGCCGCCUCAGCCACGCCCUCCAUUGCCGCUGCCCCGCCCACCGUCUCUGGUGGCAAUGUCUACGGCGGCAUACCACCCACCUCCUCCACCACCGCCGGCACAGCAUCCGCUACCGGCAGCUAUGUGUCCAUCGGAAUCCUGCCCAACCUGCCGCCCGCCCAGCUGCCGCCGCUCCUGCUGCCCGCUCCGCCCUCCUCGACGACCACGUUCAAGACCACGCCCCUGCUGCCCAUGCCCACGCUGGAGGACAUUGAGGUGGCCAAUCAAAAUGGCGGUCAAGCCGGACAGGUGGUAGUAUCCUUGGCGCAACCUUCUUUGCCGCCACCCGGAAUUCUCAAGUAUCCCAGUUCGGGUUAUGUCAGUGAUUUGAUGGCGCCACCGCAGCCGCUUACCUUGACCCACCCCCACGCCCAGCUGCCACCCCCGCCACCCCUAGCCAAUGCCACCGGCUGUAGCAACAUUGGCAGCAACAGCAAUUGCGGCACUUUGAAGAGCAACGCCAAGCUGUUGCCGUUGCAACUGAUGAGCACGACCACGCCACCUGGCCGCAAGGAACCCCUGCCCGCCGCCCAUCCGCAGGCAGCCUCCAUCCAGGCCCAGGCCCAGGUGCAGGCUCAGUUGCAGCAGCAACACCAACAACAACAGCAACAUCAACAACAACAACAGCAGCAGCAACGCAAGCGGAAGGGGUGGUGCGCCUGUUUUGGUUCCGGAUCGGGGAGGUCCUCCAAUGCGGGUGGUGGCGGGGGCGGUAGUGAGGGCAAGACGCCGCCCGGAUACGGAAGCAAGGAGAAGAAGAAGCGCAAGGCCACCACACAGACGGUUUGGUCAGCACUUUUAACCAAUUUGGGAAUUUGCAUGCUGCUCUUGGCCUACACAUUGUUGGGCUCCUUUAUAUUCCUGACCAUUGAGAACGAGGACUCGGCCCUGCUGCAUCAGCAGCAUACACUGGCCAGCACCAAAAGGAAUUUGGCUGGCAUUGGCUUGGGAUUUGGACAACAUCAACAUCGUUCCCCGCAGCAGCAGCAGCAGCAACAUCAAUCGCAUCAGCAACAGCAGCAACAUCAGACAGGACAUCAUGGGGACAAUGACACGAUGGCUGGUGCCGCCGCUGCUGUGGCCGCUGCCCAGGGUAUGAUAUCCGGGUCGGAGCAGCAACAGCAGCAGCAUAAUCCUUUCGGCGGACCCGCAUCCGGCGGAGAUUUUGUUUACGGCAUCGACGAUGUGGACGAGUCGGGCGGGAUGCCCCAGUUUGCUCUUUCGCCGGACACUUACGAUGUCCGUCAGCGGACCAUCGAGAAUAUCUGGGAUAUAACCGUCUCUCUCAAUAUUCUCUACAAGGAAAACUGGACAAAAUUGGCCGCACUUGAAAUAGCCAAGUUUCAAGACCAAUUAAUCAAGAGACUGAACGAGGAUGUUAUGCUGCAAUUAUCGCACGACGAUGUGGCCAAUGCUCCAGCAUCCUCCUCCUCGUCCUCAUCCUCCGCCAAUGGAAAUCCUGGGGGCAACAAUCCGGCCACGGAAGCUGUACUCCUUCAUACCCACUAUCAUCAUCAUCGAGCCGGUGGGGGCGUGGUUGUGGGCGGUGGACCGCCGCACGAAUGGAAUUUUGCCAAAGCGUUUUUGUAUUCGCUGACCGUUUUGACCACAAUUGGCUAUGGCAAUAUUGCUCCCCGGACAACGCUCGGCCGGAUCGUGACCCUGGCGUACGCCUUCUUUGGAAUACCCCUGACCCUCGUCUAUCUGAGCAGUACGGGCAGUAUCCUGGCGCGGGUGGCCCGCGAGGUCUUCUCCAAGGCCCUCUGCUGCUGCUUGUGCUCCAAUUGCGGCUACUGUUGCUACGACGAGAAGAGAAUGGCCGAAAAGGAGCGAAGGAUGAGGCGGAAGCGCCAGCAGGAGGAGCUCCGGAAACAGCAGGCAGUGAUGCAGGAACCGUACUAUGUCCGUGAUGUGUAUCAUGCCACGCCCGAAAAGGAUGCAGCUGCCGGAGGAGGAGGUGUGGCAGGAGCACCCCCUUCAGUGCCGACUGGAGGUGGAUCGAAUCCCAUGGCCACAGGAUGCCCGCCAGGUGACAUAGACUCCCUGAGUGCCAGCGAAUCGAGAGGAUCAAUGCACGGCCUGAGCAUCCUGGCUCCCAUCCUCCUGUGCUUCUCCAUGAUGAUCAUCUAUAUUGUGUUUGGGGCGGCGGUCCUCUAUCGCCUGGAGAACUGGCCCAUUCUGGACGGGAUCUACUUCUGCUUCAUGAGCCUCUCAACGAUCGGCUUUGGGGACAUGCUGCCCGGGCUGCGACGCGAAUCGAAUGCCACCACCUGGUUCUGCUCGGUGUACAUCAUGUCCGGCAUGACCCUGACCGCCAUGUGCUUCAAUGUCAUCCACGAGGAGAUCGUCCACCGGAUCCGGAUAGUAGUGGAGUUCAAAAAGACGAGUGCCGCCAAUUCGGCGGGCGGUCUGACAGGUCCUGGGAUGACCUCCGCCGCCCCCACCGGCUCCAUGAUGGACGUGGGUCACGAGGAGGGCGGCCAGUACUAUGUCCCGGCAUCCUGACACUACGAAAAGCGAGGACAUCUCUACCAGCGUAACCCCACCGAAGAGACCCUGGUGACAGACACUCCCACAUCGCUGGUGCUGAAGGACUACGUGAAUCACGAGCUGGUGCCCAUUUUGACGAUGGAUCCGAACGGAGCUCGUCUCACACC